CAGCAGAUGGCGGUAUUUCACCACAAACGUUAUUUGUCAACCGCCAUUAAACCUGGAAGGAAGAAGAAAAAAGACGAAGUUUGUAUUGAAACGAAAGGCUCGGUGGUGUCCAGGUUGCUUAGGUUAUCAUGGCGAAGGUUCCUUUGGGAAAAGUGCUGCUUCGUAAUGUCAUCAGGCACACAGACGCCCACAACAAGAUACAAGAGGAAUCUGAGAUGUGGAAGCUGAGGAAGACAGAGCUACAGACCUCAACUCCUCGUGAAUCGAAGCAAAGCUGGGGAACAAGAAGCAGCAUGCACUGUGACCGUUACUUAAAAGAGUCCGGCUCUACACGUGACAGGCUUGGUGAAAGAGAAUGUCUUACUGAGAGAGAUGACCGGGAAGCUCGUUACUGGACGCGAAAACUCUAUGACUUUGAGGCUAAUGAUCCAGACAGAUGGGGUCAUAGUGGUUUUAAGGAGCUUUAUCCUGAGGAGUUUCAUCCAGAUGGAGUGACAGAUGAUCCUGAACACAGACGAAACUUCAAGGACAAAAUGUCUUCUGAGAAACAUAAGAAGAGCAAGAAAUCCUCAAAGCGAAAGAAGAAGAAAAAGAAAAAGAAGCAGAGGACUGAAGGGUCAGACUCUGAGUCAGACAGCAGCGCGACAGACGGCGCCAAAAGUAAACCGAAGAGGAAAAGCGGUAAAAGCAAACACAGAAGGAAAAAGGCGCACAAACACAAAGCGACGGAGGAGGACAGCAGCACAGACGACAGCGAAUUUGACAGGAGGAGAGAAAAGACACACAGGAAGAGGUGCAGAACUGUUAUAGAAACACAAACAGAGCCUGAAAGGAAAAAAAGGAAGAACUGGAAAGCAGCGAAUGAAGAGAAAUCAGAGGAGAGCUCUGAGGACUGACGCACUACUCCAUCACUGUUAGUCUGUUGAGAAUCCGCAUCAGUCGCUCGGUCAAAUAUCUAUAUAAGUGUGCAGUCUGAUCUUAAUACCUCACUAACACUUGAUAGAGCUUUUUCUUUUUCUAAUUAUAUGAUUUUAUAUCAUUUUAAUGGUUUAGACAAACAGUUGUAUAUGAUUUAUAGUUGUUUGUGUACAUUUCAAAACUAUUUUAAAAACUAAAACUCAGGUAUUUUUCUCUCAAAGUAAAGGUAAAAGACACACCCCAAGGCCCGAGGGCAUUGGGGUUACAGUGAA